AUGGGCAACUCCAAUACAAAGGAGUCUCGUCCCGAGCCUUCCGGCGCCUCCGGCCGGCUCUCCCAGGCCCCCUCACGCGAGCCCACCGCCGCCAGCCGACCGAACGAGCAAUCUGUUCCUUCUUCCGACCGUAGCAGGAAUAGGCAAAGCCGGUUCACUAGAGGCGAGCUCAAUCUUCUUGGCCUGGGCUCAACGGGAGCUAACAACAGAGAAGAGGCGCCCUAUGAACGGAGGGAAACGAAACAGGAAAGGGAGGCGAGACGCCUCGAGAAGGAAAGAACGGCCCGUGAAAAGGAGCGUGAACGGAGUAUGAAAGAGGAACAUGUCGACGGAGGAUAUCUGGUCACACUUGGCGUCUACACCGGACCCGAAGACUUCAAUAAGCAAGUCGUCAGGCAGCUUCAGCUCGACCGUAAAAUCGCGCCUUUCUGGCGAGGCCUCGACGACAAGGAUGACAGCUGGACCGAAUACCAGCUCGUCUGCGCCGGUCGAGGUCUUCCCAUCCCCGCUGCCGACGAGCAACCCCCCGAAGACCUUGUGCCUGCAGCUCCGACGCCAGAUUCGGCCAACACCUCUUCGCAAAACCUCGCAAAUCUGACCGUGCCCAUGGGCCCCCGCUCGUUGUCUGUUGAGUCUGACUACAGCACAUCCACGGCCAACGCCGGCUCGGCCCUUGCCUCGCCAACUACGAACCCAAAGCGGUCGAGCUCUCCGUUCAAGCCCCGUGCAAAAGCCCUUGCUGCGGCUCUCAGCGGCAGUUCGCGCAACAACUCAUCAGCCAACAUUGCGCCUCGUGAGAUCACCUUACCACAUGACCCCUUCGUCAAUGGCCAGCUCCUCGAGGUCUUUCUCUACAAAGAUGCUUCCGAGUGUCCCAUCUGCUUCAUGUACUACCCCCCGUACCUCAACCAACACCACGGCGAACCAGGCGAGCCAGGUCAACCGCAGGCGCCCAACCCGGAGCAGAAUCCGGAGAUGCUCAUCUCAGAACCCGCUGCGUGUCCCUAUUGUCAACAGUCCGAAUUCGGUGUCACGUACGAGGCACCACCCUUCCGCCGCGGCCUCGCGCACGCUAUGCCACCGCUGAGCUCGCAUAACACGGCCAUGUCGUCACAGAGUUCGCUCAGCUCAACCAUGCCCGGAUCUCCGCCCACCGGCAGAAGGCGCACGCAGAGCCUGUCCGCCAAUGCGCCAAACGUCAUUGCUACCGACCGUGUCCGCCCCGAUUGGUCUAGUAAGCUCGCCGCACAACGGGCGCACCAAGCCAGGCGCGCUGCUGCCGCCACAGCGCUACACACGGCCGCUUUCCUCAUCGGCGAAAACCAACCACAACGUGGUUUCGCUUUUACUCGGCCUGGACGCUUCAGUAGACGCAACACCGGGCAGAAUAGCUCAUCCGCGAACCCUGGCGACGAAAGCCCGCUGGCACAUGACGGCGAGGAUCCGAACGGCAUGGAGCCGGGCCCUCGCGGAUCGUCUGGUCGUGGUAUUCUCGGUCGCCGAAGCCGCAUGGACGAGCUCGAGGAUAUGAUGUUCAUGGAAGCUGUCCGACUUUCUCUCGCUGCCGAAGAGGACCGAAAGCGGAAACAGGAAAAAGCCGAGCGCAAGGAUGCCAAGAAGCGGGAGAAGGAGGAGCGAAAGGCAGCGAAAAAGGCCGAGAAGCAAGGCCAUUUUUACAACGGAGGCAGCUCUGCCAGCGCCAGCAGCUUGUCUCUCGGAUUUGGCAGACGUCGUGGCAACAGCACUACCAGCAACCUUCGCAUGGAAGCAACUCAGAACGCGCAGACCAGCUCGACCAAGGUCAACGAAGUGCCUGGCGGGUCGCCCACCAGCCCGACACCACCCCUGGAAACCGGCAACAAGGGCAAGGGCAUCGAUCGUGGACAGGCUGAAUCGGAAGGCGUCGACAGCACAGCUACCCAGAGCAGCUCGACAGUACCCUCGCUACCGAUCCCCACGACGAGCCGCGGUCCGUCCCACCUCAGACAAAUGAGCAACGCCUCAUCGAUAUCCUCCUCUCUCGCUGACAGCGCGGCUGGGAGCUACUCGAACACUGGCUGCCUCGAUGGUAACAACCCUCGAGGAAAUGGGACCAGCUCGGGUGCGCGGGGCGAAGAAGCCGACCGCGACGCCACAGAGCCCAUGUACAACUUCCGCAGCCUGGCAGAGAUGGUGGGCGUCGACAUUGAGAAUGGCGAAAGCUUGGCACGAGCUGGGGACACGAACAACGGCUCAGGGACGAAGAAGAGAGACGAUGACGAUGCCCCAGAAGCCGAACAAGUAGAGGAUGUCCGUCCUCCAGUCGAGGAUAGCGUGGCGACGCUCAAACCUCCACCCACGAUAAUCGAGCUGCCUGAAGAACACGGAGAGACGAGCGUCACCAGCACGCCCAUCAGCGAUAUAUCGACGCCCGAGGUUAUGAUCACGCCGGAGACACCGGCACCUCUUGACGACGAAGAGGGCGAGUCAAAGAAAUUGGGAUACUCGAUGGUGGAGAGGUCACCAGCUAUCACACACUGA